AUGAACCUCAGUGCAGCGAUUCAGGCAUCAAAACCACCAGAUGAUCAUCUCAUUAAGGAACAGCGCGAAAUACGAACCAAAAUCAACGCACUACAUGAUCCAAUAACGCGGCGCCUUUCUCGGGAAACCGUUUCCUCCAUCUUCCUAUAUGCACUUCCAGAUGUUUGGUACCUCGAUGAUGAAGACGAUUACAGCGCAGGUUGUGGAGAUGGAGACUACGAUAACGUUUAUGUCUCUGACAGAGUUUAUGGUCCUCUGGCCUUAGGGGCCGUUUGUCAGUCGUGGCGAAAACUUGCAUGGAACACACCAUCGUUAUGGACAAAUAUCCGUAUAUUCUUUCAACGGCGUCCAGACCUUAAUGAUCUUCAAGUAGUCACUGAGUGGUUGAAAAGAUCUGGCAACCUACCCCUUUCAAUCCGUCUUUCGGAAUACAAUGACUCCGACUCGUCAGACUUUGAGCCCAGUCAGCGAGCCGUACAUAACCUCUUCAUCGACCUCGUAAAUCAAUACUCUGACCGUUGGCGCUACCUUGAAUUCGAGGGUUUGCCAGAAACCACAACUCUAGUUGGAAAGGAUCACAACUUUGCUCCAUUCCUGCGUACACUCAGCGUUCAAUACGCACGAGAUGAAGGUGCUAUAUUCGGUGCAAUGUCUGGGGCGAAACCACGGCCUACUAAUGUCUGGGCAAGAUAUUGCCGCUUUAGCGCGUUGUCUAUAGACUGGUCGCACGUUACGAAUAUUUCAAUGACAGGCAUUCGACUGCCCGAAUGUUUUAUGGUUUUACAGGCGUCACCUCAGUUGACCCACUGUCGUUGGUCAAUUGAAGAGUCAAACGACAAGUCGGAAAGGCUUCCUCCUCCGCCCGUUCUUAGUUCGCCAAAACUGCAUGAAGCAUUGCAAAUAAUGCAUAUCUCAGGCUGGAAACUGCCAUGGCCUUUGAAAUCUGGUCCCACGGCACCCCAUCUAGUUCAUUUAACUCUCGAUCAAUUGGACUAUGGUCACAGUAAACACGACGUCGACUUUCUAUACCUACUCGCCAAUACCUCCCUUCCCUAUGAUCCGCAGAGCAACAACGAUAAUUUCACCGUCACAUUACUUCCCAACCUCCAGUCGAUCAAAUAUAUGCGAAAACAUGGGGAAACAUGGCCUACAGACUGCUUCUGGGACUGUGUUCCGUACAUCAUUGGGCCGAUACAACAAAUCCACCAUCCAAGAGGGCGGCCACUGAAGAGUAUACGAAUUGGUUGGCUCAAUACAGGGAAAGAACUUGUACCGCAAGUUAUGAGAAAAGAAACCGUUUUGAAAUUGCUGGAAAUAUCGGCCGCGGGGAUUGUCUUAGAUUUGACAGAAAAAUAUUCAAGGCACGAUCUUCUCAAGUUGUCCAUGAACUUCCACGGUAUCGUCCCAAAACAUCAGCCUAAUGAAUAG